AUGAAAUCAACAUCAUCAUCAUCAUCAGAUAAGAAAGAGAUUGUUGAGAGAUCUCAAUUGUUCCUAUUAAGGAAUGCUUUCAACACUGAUAUAGAGUUCACUACUAAAGAGAUGCGUAACAAUGUACAUUGGCUCAGACAAAUCAUUGCUGUACUGAUAGGUAUACUCUUUGGUCUUAUCCCAGUCAAGGGCCUCUAUGGUCUGGCAGGAUUCUUCAUUGUCAACGCAGGCUUCACUACGAUUUAUUACUCCAAGUUCCUCGAGGUUGAGGAUGCUGAUACCAAGUGGGAGUUGUUCCAGGAAGGCUUCAUGCCAUCCUUUGCUUGUUUCCUCGUAUCUUGGAUUAUCUCUUAUAACCUGUGA